GGACAACAUGGCCACGAUGUUUUGAGUAAUCUCUGUCAGGGUCGUUUGUUUCGGAAAGCUAAACAUAACACUGUAAAACAUCGAAACCCUCAAGAGUAAUGGGUUUAACACAGAGCACUGGUGCACCUGAGGGGGGAACAGAAGGAUAUCACGUCCAUGGGAUUCAAGAGGACUCACCAGCAGAGAAAGCUGGGUUGGAACCGUUUUUUGAUUUCAUCAUAUCCAUUGGCCAUAAUCGUCUUAACCAGGAGAAUGAAAUGCUCAAGGACCUCCUCAAGGCUAAUGUGGAGAAACCGGUGAAGAUGGAAGUGUAUAGCACAAAGACCAUGAGGAUCCGAGAAUUGGAAGUGGUUCCCAGCAACAUGUGGGGUGGCCAAGGACUUCUGGGAGCCAGUGUCCGCUUCUGCAGCUUUCAAGGAGCCAAUGAAAAUGUUUGGCAUGUUCUCGAUGUGGAGCCAAAUUCACCAGCAGCAUUGGCCGGACUCCAGGAACAUUCAGAUUUCAUUGUUGGAGCUGACCAGGUUCUCCAAGAUUCAGAGGAUUUCUUCUCCCUAAUUGAAGCCCAUGAGGGGAAACCACUGAAGCUGCUGGUCUACAAUACAGAGACUGAUAAUUGCAGGGAGGUGGUUGUCACACCAAAUGGUGCCUGGGGGGGAGAAGGCAGUCUUGGCUGUGGCAUUGGAUAUGGCUACCUGCACCGAAUCCCAGCACGACCUGACGGCCCAAAAUCUGAAAAAGUCAGUCCAAAAGUUUCUCCUGUGGCAGGAACGCCAGAGCAUGAGCUUCCUACAAAUGGAUUCACAGAGGUGUCCUUAAUGGCGUCUAGUCAGUCAAUGAGUGGCUUUGAUCUUGACACCCCACUGCCACCUCCCAUUCAGAGAGUCAUGGAUCCUGGUUUCUCGGAUCAGUCAGAAGUGGCCAUGAUGAAUUCGGAGAUGUCAGACAUAGCAGACCGACUGGACCUAUCCACUUCUUCCAUUGACAUGACAAACACAUCCCUAGCUGUCCGAGAGGACAUUGACGUAUCAGGUGUUGAGGAGCUUCAAGAUAGUGAGGUUCCUAGUCGUAACCCUGAGGAGCAAAAUACAGAGGAAUAUCCUGCUGUGGAUUUCAGUUCUUCUGUUGCACCACCUUCAGAUGUUUCUCCUCCCCUUUCUCUCUCACACCCUCUUCUCCCAAAUCUGCCUCUCGAUCAUAGCAUGCUGACAGACAUGGCAUCUUUGAUGAAUUCUUCAAUCUCGUCUCUCGACUCUUCUGUGCCUCCUAUAGACAUCUCUUCCCUGCUCAUUGACCCCGCCGCCCUUCAUCUCGAGUCAUCUGCCCCACCUGCAGAGUAUCCCAUGCAACCCAACGAGUCCUCACCUUUCUCCUCAGAAAGUGAUGGUGUCAGUCAGGGUUUUUCUGAUGAGCCAAAGUCUCAAAAGAGCAGCUUGUCUGAGGGCAGAGCAGAGGUCGAAUCCUGUGACCUGAUGUCUUUUGAUUCCCAUAAUGCACAUGUCAAAGAUGAAGCUGCUUCUCAGUAGUGACACUACCAAGUACUACCUUGUAGGGCUGUCAAAAUUUUUUCUGAAUAUUCGUCGAAUUUAAAAUAAAAAU